CCUCCCUCGCUCCAAAAUAAUCAUCCAAGAUGGCGGCGCCCGUGGAGGUCCUGGUUACUGCUGAUUCCGCAGGGCAGCUGUGGAACUGCGCUAUUUUCGACCCUCACACCGGAACAAAUCUCUUAUCCUACCGAGGGGGGAAUUCAUCUGCUCGCUCUUUAACCAUCCUCAACGGAGAAUACAUCCUCGGAGCUCAACUCGGCAAGAACUUCAUCAACGUGUGGGAGAUACAAAGAAAGGACCAACUUCAGCAGAAAAUUGUGUGUCCUGGGACUGUAACCUGCCUUACAGCCUCCCCUGAUGGCCUCUAUGUGCUGGCGGGCAUUGCUGAAGCGAUAUAUCUAUGGGAGGUUUCAACAGGAAACCUGCUGGCUAUUUUGAAUCGCCACUACCAGGACUUGAGCUGCCUGCGUUUCACUGACGACAGCAGCCAUUUUGUGUCGGGAGGAAAGGACAAUCUGGCACUUGUAUGGAACCUUGCCAGCGUCAUACAGUUGGACUCAUCUCACACUCCAGAGCCUCGGCACGUGUUAUCACGUCACUCUCUCCCCAUCACGGACAUCCACUGCGGGCUGAUGGGACCUCAGGCAAGAGUAGCCACUGCGUCGUUAGACCAGACCGUUAAGCUCUGGGAAAUUUCCUCUGGAGAGAUGCUUUUGUCGGUCGUCUUUGACGUCAGCAUCAUGUCAGUGACCCUUGACCCCUGUGAGUACUUCCUGUUCUGUGGAGGAAGUGAUGGAAAUAUCUUUCAGGUGUCCCUCUGUAGCACGGCUGCAAGUCGGGAUAAGAACUUCCAGACGGAUGGCGAAGGCAAUCAGCUGUUCAAAGGCCACAGGAACCUGGUGACGUGCCUGUCCGUGUCCAUGGACGGUACGCUGCUGCUGUCAGGCUCACAUGACGAGACCGUCAGGAUGUGGGACGUUCAGAGCAAGCAGUGCAUCCGCUGCAUCAACCACAAAGGUCAGGUGACAAAUGCUGCUAUAAUUCCAGCCCCCGGCAACAUGUUCCUGCCUGAUAGUCGUCCUGGCAUCCCGUUACCUCGCUUCAGCCGCCAUCUGAACAAUUCAGAGCAAGCAGAGGGAACCGGAACGGGAGGAAUGUCUCUCCGGCUGGGCGCCAACUGCCAGGAGCCGGAGGAGACGUAUCUGGAGAAGGCAGACCGCCUCCAUUCGCUUAUGUGUGCUGUUACAGACAAGAGUGUGUUCGGUGAUGGAGAGAACACAAAGGUACGCGUGUCGGAGUUGGAAGAAGAGGUGCGGACCCUGAAGAAAAUCAACAAAGAUCUGUACGAGUUUUCCACACAGCUCCUUACGAAGCCUAAUUAGAAAGACCCCGAGUGCCAUCAUCUUACCCAGAGAUUGUUCAAACAGCGGCCGUUCACGAAUAAAACGGCAGUCAAAUGUUGUAUGGAUUCGGUCACACACUGAUUUAUCUCCUUCUUUUUCUACGAGGUAUUUGAAAUUCUCCGAACGUGUGUGACGUCGUGUGAUAAACUUUUCUCUUUUUUUUUUUCUUUUUUUUUGGGGGGGGGGGGGAUAUCCAUCCUGUCCACGUUUUUGUAUACUGUUUCUACAUUAUGAGAUAUGCAGAACUGACCGGGAUGUACUCAAUAAAACGUGGAAUCGAAUCCAUCAGUAAUGCAAAGCGA